GGGCUCGCUGCAGGCAGCAGGACGUCUCUACCUUCAGCUUCAAGGUAGUUCACCUACGCAGUCUGUGGCAUCUCCAGUGUUGGAGGCUUUUAAGAGCUGUUGGAAAAGCAUCUGUCAGACAUCGUAUCCUCCCAGAGGAAUGGCUAGCACCUUCUGUCGUCUCCUGGCUGGCCGUGCAACCACUGCACUCUUUGCAGCUGCAGGCACGGGGGUGCUAACCACCGGGUACCUCCUCAACCAGCAAAAUGUGAAGGCUGCUGUUCAGGAAAAACGGAAACUCUUCCCUCCCAGCGCAGACUAUCCCGAUCUCCGCAAGCAUAACAAUUGCAUGGCUGAGUGCCUCACACCAGCCAUUUACUCCAGGCUACGGGACAAGAUGACUCCCAAUGGCUACACCCUGGACCAGUGCAUCCAAACCGGGGUUGACAAUCCUGGCCAUCCUUUCAUUAAAACUGUGGGCAUGGUCGCGGGUGAUGAAGAAUCCUACGAGGUGUUUGCUGAUAUUUUUGACCCUGUCAUUAAAGUGAGACAUAAUGGCUAUGAUCCACGGACAAUGAAGCACCACACGGACCUGGAUGCGUCCAAGAUCACCCACGGUCAAUUUGACGAGCGCUACGUCCUCUCAUCACGGGUGCGGACUGGCCGCAGCAUCCGAGGCCUCAGCCUUCCUCCUGCUUGCACCAGGGCAGAGCGGAGAGAGGUGGAGAAUGUCGUGGUCACCGCACUCUCUGGGCUGAAAGGAGACCUCUCCGGGAAGUACUACAGCUUGACCAAUAUGUCCGAGAGGGAUCAGCAGCAGCUUAUUGAU